AUGGACGCUUUCUGCGGAGCCUCUGCGUACGGAGCGGCUCACGUGGCGGCGCGCGAGGGCAAGGAGAAGACGCUGCAGCUCCUCUUCGAGCUGGACCCCAACAGCCUGCGGCGUCCCGCUGCGGAUGGCCGGUGCCCUGCCCACUGGGCGGCGCUGAGCGGGCAGGCGGGGGUGCUGGACCUUCUGCAGGGGCUGGCCCCCGACACGUUGCGCGCCCGCGCGCUGAAUGGGGCCACCCCCGCCCACGAUGCGGCAGCCCAAGGUCAGACGACGAUUCUGCAGCUGCUGCACGAGUUGGCUCCGUCCACGCUGUCUGCCAAGUCAAAGAUAGGUGCGCGGCCCGCGCACGACGCAGCCUUUGCAGGGCAUGUGGACACCUUGAUGUUGCUGAAGCAUCUUGUGCCGGAGACCCUCCAUGCCCGCGACAAGCAGGGCCGGGCGCCGGCACAUGAUGCAGCGGAGACUGGCCAGGACUCGGUGCUUCGUGUCCUUUACCUCCUAGCACCUGCCACCUUACUCUGCAGGGACACGGCGGGAUGGCUGCCGGUCGACGUGGCGGAAGCCUUUGGCAGGGAAUCCACCGUGGCGCUGCUGAGUGCGUUGCCGCCGGUGAAGGUGGAGGAGGCGGAAGAGGAGGAAGAAGAAGCGGAGGAGGAAGUAGAAGAGGAGCCGGUCAAAGAAGAGGUGCCGAGGCCAAAGACGCCGGAGCCAGUAUUAGAAAUACUGCCCGAAGUCAAAGAGGAGCCGGUGCUGGAAAAACCGGAAGCCAAGCCAGUGAAGGAAGAGGUAGUGAAGGGAAAAGAGGAGACGGAGGAAAAGAAGGAAACGAAGGAGGAAAAGAAGGAGGAAAAGAAGGAAAAGAAGGAGGAAAAGAAGGAAGAAAUGAAGGAAGAAGUGAAGGUUGCAAAGGUUCCAAAGAAGCCACCGCCACCCAAGACGCCAAAGCCUCUGGCUUACGAGAUCCACGUCACCAUCAAGUCAGCGAAGACCGGGCUGAGAAACGCCGACUUCUCCCAUGGCGACUCCGAUCCAUAUUGCAUUCUGGAGGUGCCUGGCAGCGACAAGGGCUUCCGCACGGAGGUGGUGGAAGAUAGCAGCAGCCCCGUGUGGAACGUGUCCAACAAGCUCAUGGUCACUCCGCAGGAGACAUUGCAGUUUGUGGUAUGGGACCGUGACAAGUUGGACAGUGACGACUUAUUGGGCAAGGUGUCGUUGCCGGUCUGCAAAUUCACUGCGGAGGGAAAGUUCGAGGAGUCCCUGCAGCUAGAGGAAGCCAGGAAGGAUGCAUAUUUGGCGGUGGCGGUGUUCGUACUCAGGUCAAUCUAUGACCCAAAAGAGCUGACAAAGAAACAGGGGAAGAAGCCCCCUCCGCCGCUGCCUCCGAAAGCGCUUGAGAUUGAGCUGACCGUCAUAUCUGCCAAGGGCUUGAGGAAUGCGGAUUGGACUGUUAAGGGUGGUGGAGGUUCAGAUCCUUACGUGGUGGUGAGUGUGCUGGGCACGGACAAGGGCUUCAAGACAGCCGUUGUGCAGGAUACCAGUAAUCCGGAGUGGAACAUGACGCAGAAAUUGACGGUGCUGCCAAAGGACAGCGUGCUGUUUACACUACUUGAUGAGGACAAGGGCCGCAAGCAUGACAAUCUUGGAAAGGCCACACUAACUUUGAAGGAGGUGCUGCCAGAUGGCUUCUCGGGCCCGUUGAAGCUCGAAAGCGCCGGCAAGGGCAUCAACGCCGAGCUGCUGGUGGCUGUGAAGGUGCUGAGAACUCUGUUCCGCAGUGACAUGAAGGCGCAGCCGAAACAAGAGAGUGACGGGGCCCCUGCGUAUGCAAUGCAGGUUACAGUUUUCUCCGCCAAGGGACUGAGGAACGCUGACUGGAGCCUCAGCGGUGUAGGUGGAUCAGAUGCAUUUUGCAAGGUGGAGGUUCCGGACACUGGAAAAGGCUUCCAGACAGAGGUGUUUGAGGACAGCAGCAACCCGGUGUGGAACAAGACAGAGAGACUGAACCUUCUGGCAAAGGAGACCUUGGUUUUGACUGUGCUUGACCGUGACCAGGGCGACAAGGUGGACUUAUUGGGCAAGGUGUCUAUGCCGAUGUCAAAGCUGGUGAAUGGAUUUGAAGGACCUCUGAAACUUCAGGAAGCAGGCAAAAACAUCGAAGCAUAUCUGCACGUCAGCAUCAUAGUGUUGAAACCUUUGUAUGGCACGGAGGUAGCAGCUGCCACGUCCCCACCGAAUGUGGUGAAGAGACCUCCGCCACCGACACCUCCCAAAGCGCUUGAGAUUGAGCUGACCGUCAUAUCUGCCAAGGGCUUGAGGAAUGCGGAUUGGACUGUUAAGGGUGGUGGAGGUUCAGAUCCUUACGUGGUGGUGAGUGUGCUGGGCACGGACAAGGGCUUCAAGACAGCCGUUGUGCAGGAUACCAGUAAUCCGGAGUGGAACAUGAGGCAGAACUUGACGGUGCUGCCAAAGGACACCGUGCUGUUUACACUACUUGAUGAGGACAAGGGCCGCAAGCAUGACAAUCUUGGAAAGGCCACACUAACUUUGAAGGAGGUGCUGCCAGAUGGCUUCUCGGGCCCGUUGAAGCUCGAAAGCGCCGGCAAGGGCAUCAACGCCGAGCUGCUGGUGGCUGUGAAGGUGCUGAGAACUCUGUUCCGCAGUGACAUGAAGGCGCAGCCGAAACAAGAGAGUGACGGGGCCCCUGCGUAUGCAAUGCAGGUUACAGUUUUCUCCGCCAAGGGACUGAGGAACGCUGACUGGAGCCUCAGCGGUGUAGGUGGAUCAGAUGCAUUUUGCAAGGUGGAGGUUCCGGACACUGGAAAAGGCUUCCAGACAGAGGUGUUUGAGGACAGCAGCAACCCGGUGUGGAACAAGACAGAGAGACUGAACCUUCUGGCAAAGGAGACCUUGGUUUUGACUGUGCUUGACCGUGACCAGGGCGACAAGGUGGACCUAUUGGGCAAGGUGUCUAUGCCGAUGUCAAAGCUGGUGAAUGGAUUUGAAGGACCUCUGAAACUUCAGGAAGCAGGCAAAAACAUCGAAGCAUAUCUGCACGUCAGCAUCCAAGUGUUGAAACCUUUGUAUGGCACGGAGGUAGCAGCUGCCACGUCCCCACCGAAUGUGGUGAAGAGACCUCCGCCACCGACACCUCCCAAAGCGCUUGAGAUUGAGCUGACCGUCAUAUCUGCCAAGGGCUUGAGGAAUGCGGAUUGGACUGUUAAGGGUGGUGGAGGUUCAGAUCCUUACGUGGUGGUGAGUGUGCUGGGCACGGACAAGGGCUUCAAGACAGCCGUUGUGCAGGAUACCAGUAAUCCGGAGUGGAACAUGACGCAGAAAUUGACGGUGCUGCCAAAGGACACCGUGCUGUUUACACUACUUGAUGAGGACCAGGGCCGGAAGCAUGACAAUCUUGGGAAGGCCACACUCACUUUGAAGGAGGUGCUGCCAGAUGGCUUCUCGGGCCCGUUGAAGCUCGAAAGCGCCGGCAAGGGCAUCAACGCCGAGCUGCUGGUGGCUGUGAAGGUGCUGAAAGCUCUGUUCCGCAGUGACAUGAAGGCCGCGUCUGCGCCAAAGGCCGCGCCGAAAGUCGCGGCAAAGGCGAAGGCUGAAGCGUCGGGCAGCGAGAAGGCGAAGGUCAAGCUGCCAAGGUCUGUAAAGGUGGCCGUGACAGUUCAUUCUGCCAAAGGACUGAGAGAUGGAGACUGGAGCUUUGGCAAGGGAGGCUCCGAUGCCUUUUGCGUGGUGGAGAUCCCGGGCACGAAGAAGUCAUUCCAGACGCACGUGAUCAGGGACAACAACCCGGUCUGGAAUGUGACGGAAGAGAUGCUGAUGGCACCAAAAGAAUCUCUGUCCUUCACGGUGUUCGACAAGGAUAAGGUGGGCAAGGAUUUGCUGGGCAAGGUGGCGUUGCCAAUGGCAGAGAUAUCACACGGCUUCAGCGGACAGUUGAAGCUAGAGGAGAGCGGCAAGAGCGAUGCUUCGUUGACAGUCACCAUAAAGCUGCUCAAGGAUGGGUCGUGA